CAAUGCUUGACUGUGCCAUUGAUGUAAUGCUGCCGUCAGAUUAACUUACCUUCUUACUAUUGUCAACCAGACAAAUUCUACCCUGAUGUGGAGGCUGUGCCCUGUCUUCAUCAUCUCAGUAGUCUUCCUCACUGCAGUCUGUGUGUUCUGCUCUCCCUGUGGUCAACAUGAGUAUCUAACAGACCAGCACACAUGCUGCCCUAUGUGCAAUCCUGGGUUCCAUGUAGUCAGUCACUGUUCAGAACUGAAUCAUACAACAUGUGAGCCUUGUCCAGAAUCCUCUUUUACUGAUGAACUCAGUGGACUUCUUCAGUGCAGACCCUGCGCAGUUUGUGAUCCAGGGUUGAGAGUGAGGAGGCCAUGCAACUCCACCUCAGACACACUCUGUAAACCUCUGGAAAGCACUGACACACCAAAACAAGAGGAGAAACUAUCAGUUGGUGUCCUAGUAGCACUGAUUUUACUGGGGAUCUUUUGCUUGGUUCUGGUGUAUUGCUGCUUAGUCUUUGUCUGUGGGCACGAUAGUGCUCUAGCCUACUGUGUAACUCUGUGUGAACUGAUUUCAAAUAUUUAAUAUGGUUAUGCUAUGUUUAAUGUAUGAAAAUUGAGUUAAUUAACCCUUUUAUUAUGUUCACAUGUUGCUCCCUUUAGGGCUGUUUGGGUCAAACUGUCUCGGUACAUUA